UAUGUCGGUAAUCUCGACCCGCGUGUCAACGAGCUGCUGAUCCAGCAGAUCUUUUCGACUGCCGGCGAGGUUGUCAACGUCAAGAUCAUUCACGAUCGAGCUCAAUACCAGAAUGGCGGCUUCAAUUACGGAUUUGUCGAGUUUUUGGACCACCGAGCCGCCGAGAGCGCCCUUCAGAACCUGAACGGUAGAAAGAUUUUCAGCUCGGAAAUCCGAGUCAAUUGGGCAUUCACUGGCUCGGGGUCUUCUAACCAGAAGGAAGAUACAGCCUCGCACGCCCAUAUUUUUGUUGGCGACCUCAGUGCCGAGGUGAACGAUGCUGUUCUUGCCAAGGCGUUCUCUGCGUUUGGCAGCAUGUCCGACGCGAGAGUCAUGUGGGAUUUGAACUCUGGCAAAUCUCGUGGAUACGGCUUUGUUUCCUUCAGGGAAAAGUCUGACGCCGAGCAAGCGAUCGCUCAAAUGAACGGAGAGUGGCUCGGCAGCCGUCCCAUCCGAGUUAACUGGGCGAACCAGCGUACCACCAACCCGGCCCCUACCGCCAACAUCCUGACAGGACCCAGCUUGUCCUACGAGGCAACACUUUCGCAGGCUUCUUCAUUCAACACGACUGUCUAUGUUGGCAACCUGGCCCCGAACACCACCCAACAGGAUCUGGCGGCGCUGUUCCAACGCUUCGGCUUCCUCGUUGAAGUUCGCGUGCAGGCAGAUCGUGGCUACGGCUUUGUGAAGUUGGAUACUCACGAGAACGCUGCAAUGGCGAUUGUGUCGAUGCAAGGCGCUGGCUUGCACGGCCGAGCCCUGAAGUGCUCCUGGGGUAAAGAUCGCAACGCCGAUGCUUCGGCAGCAGCCGGAUACUAUCCACAGUUCACGAUGCCCGUUCAACAGGGCUAUGGCUACGGAUAU